AUGGCACUGGCUGAGUUGUCUGUUUGUGUGAAGCAAGUAAAGAUUGUAGGACGUAAACUCGCAGUGGCGCAUGGUUUUGUUGUCAUCGUCUCUGCCUCGUCGGCUGGACAAGACGACAGUGAUGCUGUAGAAACAUGUUGUCUUGGUUUUCGAAACAAAGAACCGUGCCAUGUCUUUGUACGAAGCUGCUCCGACGUGAACCGGAUACAAGAGUACUUGCAGCAUUCCACAACAAAAAAUAGUAACACUCCUGCGCCACCCUUCAAAUCGAAUGGCAAAACCACCGGUUGGCACCAAUUCAGCAAUGAUGAUGGAACGGAUGAAGUCUGCCUACGAAUAAAGACAGUACUGACCACAGCCAUUGAAAGAAAUCGAAGGGGUGUCAAGCUCAUUGAAUGCAGUGAAGUCGUCAGUAUCGACAACGGCUCAAGCGAGUUCACUGUCGCGCCACGACAAUCUUCUUCUUCUUCUCCUUCCUCCUCGCAAGUAUUCACAAUGCACGACAAGUCUCAAAGGCACGUCCUGUUUGCACAGUGGCUUCUGGAUACCUAUGGCAAAGACUUUCUCUCCACUGGAUCUGGAGUCCUGGACGUUGCUGGAGGAAAUGGAGAACUAAGCCGUUCCUUGCAGCAAUUGGGAAUCCCUUCGGUUGUUUUGGACCCCCAACCCAGGUUAUCAAUCGAUCAUGAUCCACAACCAAAAAUACCAGUAUUGAAACAUGCUCUGGAAGGAAAUGGCACACAUCUUCUAAUGACAACAACCACGGAGCAAGAACGACGCGUCUUGAAGUCUGCCAGCAUGAUUGUUGGAAUGCACCCAGAUCAAGCCACGGAACCAAUCAUUUGGUUUUCACAGCAUCUCAAGGUUCCAUUCGCACUCCUUCCCUGCUGUGUCAUGCCGUCCCUCUUUCCCCAUCGAGUCUACCAAGGGAAACAUGUUAGAUCAUAUCGCCUCUUUUGUCUAUAUCUCCAGGAUCUGCGACCACCCAUUCAGGAUGAUGAUGAUGAUGAUACUAGAUCUACAGAGAGUGUCAUUCAAACAGACUACUUGCCCUUUAUGGGCCGAAACAUGAUAUUGUAUACAUCCUUUACAUCCUUUCAAAAGAGUUGA